GCCGCUUAGUUCGCAAAAUGACUCGCGGUCAAUUAGCAGUUAACGUUGUCCUUUGGACCACGAUCACCAUCAUCGUAUCCGGUUUGGCGAUAUCCGAAGCGACAAUAGGACAUCUACCACCACUGUAUGGUGAAAAUCUCAACGCACGUAUCACUGAUAAGGAAUCAGGAAACGAUUAUAGCUUGCGAGAUGAUACUAACUACCGCUUACCGAACAACACCGAACCCCUACAUUACAAUAUCGAUUUAACAACUAAUGUGCAUAAUGGCACCAGAAACUUCACAGGCGAGGUUCAAAUUUUACUGACGGCCAUCGAGGAUACAAGGACUAUUGUGGUACAUGCACGUCAACUUGACAGCUUUGUGGCUACCAUUCAAAAUGCGGACGAACCAAACGCGAGUACCUAUGAAAUGAGUUGGUCAUACGAAGAAGCACGAGAAUUCCUUAGCUUAACGCCGGUAAAUACAACUCUCAGUUUAAUUAAAGGUACCAACUGGACUCUGACUAUUGCGUAUAAAGGAGAAUUAGGUACCACCACUUCGGGAUUCCAUAUGCUCUCCUACACAGAUGAGUUGAAUACACCACAUUAUAUGGCAACGACACAAUUCGAGUCCACAAAUGCACGUCACGGGUUUCCUUGUUACGACGAACCAGCCAAACGUGCCACCUUCACAAUAACGAUUAGGCACGAUGCCUCUUACAGUGCACUCUCCAAUAUGCCGAAGAACGAAACUGCCAGCUCGGACGGCGUUACUGUGUUCGAUAAGACCAAUGUGACUGUUCCCACAUAUUUGAUUGCUUUUCAUGUAUCCGAUUAUGUGUGGUCUGAGGGCGUGCUGCAUUCACUGCCACACCGCCUUUAUUCCAAGCCAGGAACUGCCGAAAAUCAUGAAUUCGGUCUACUCUCGGGCAUAUUGAUCUUACAGCGUUUAGCCGAUUACUACAAUGUGCCAUUUGUUUUGCCGAGAAUGGUACAAGUGGCAAUACCCGGCAAGGGUGGCGCUAUGGAAAAUUGGGGAUUGGUCACGUAUGGUGAAGCGUACUUGCUUUUCAAUAAAAGUUCUUCAACGACGAGUUCACAGACUACCAUCGCCAAUAUCAUUGCACACGAAUUUACUCACCAAUGGUUUGGCAAUCAUGUAACAGUCAGGUGGUGGACAUAUUUGUGGCUAAAGGAAGGCUUCGCCACACUCUAUUCAUACCAUGGAGUGGAUGAAGUUUAUCCAGAAUGGGACGUCUAUCAAAUGUGGCAUACUGCCGAUUAUCAAUCGGCACUAACCAAUGAUGGAAGAGGUACUGUGGUUCCAAUGACCCAUUAUGCGCAAACUUCAGCUGAGAUUUCGGCGCGUUACGGCACAUCUUCUUAUGCCAAACCCGCCUGUGUACUCUCCAUGUGGCAACAUGCUUUGGGCGAUGAAGUCUUUCGUUCCGGUUUAAACAAAUAUCUAACCACGAACCAAUUCAGUUCGGCCGAAGAAUGGGAUCUGUUCGACGCGUUGCAGAGCGCGGUUACCGAACACAAAAUCAGUAUUCCUGCAAACUUAAAUGUAAUGUUGCCCACAUGGUCGCAGCAAUCUAGCUAUCCGCUGCUCACGGUGACUCGCAAUUAUGCCACAAACACGUUCACUGUCACACAAACCGCAUAUCAUGACAAUGUAACCAUUAAUUCCGGCAAUACCUACUACGUCCCAUUCAACUAUGCUUCUCGCUCGAAUGCAGAUUUUCGUAAUACCACAGCUACGCACUAUCUACUCAAUACGAAAGAAAUCAAUAUCACAGAUACGGAAGUUGCCGCUGAUGAUUGGUUGAUUUUGAAUAAACAAUCCACCGGCUACUAUCGCAUUAACUACGACGAACAAAAUUGGCUACUUAUUGCUGCGGGUUUGAUAGAUCGCCCAUACAAUGUUCACCACCGCAAUCGCGCUCAACUCUUAUACGAUGCCUAUAAGUUCGUUUCUAAUGAUCGUUUGUCACAGAAAAUUCUUCUGAAUUUGUUGGCCUAUCUACCCGGCGAGGAUCAGUAUGCCCCUUGGUCAGCAGCCAACUCUAUCAUAACGACUUACAAUGCAUACCUCAGCGGCCACUCCGACUACAAUAACUUCAAAGAGUUCAUUGCUCCACUGGUAAAAAAUAUAUACGAGCAGUUGGGUGUCAAUGAAAUGUCCGGCGAACAGCUACUACGCAAAUUCACACGAAAUAUUGCAAUUAAUCUGGCCUGUUUAGUAGGUAAUGAGGACUGUCUCAACGAUGCCAAUACUAAAUUGAGGGAUGUCAUCUACAAUGGCAUUGCCAUCGAACCAAAUCUAAAAUCGCAAGCUUACUGUAAUGGUCUACGUCAGUCUACUAAUGAUGAUUACAAUUACUUCUUAAAUGAUCUCCUAAAAUCAAGCGAUUCAACGUAUCGUAGCACCCUGUUAAGUGCACUGGGUUGUUCCGAAAAAGAAGAGCAAUUGCAAUUAUUUGUUAACAGCGCCAUAAACUUGGGCAACGCGUUUACUAGUUCGGAGCGCACCUCCAUAUUGAGGGCAGCCUAUUCGCGCAGUAUAACUGGUCUGUUAGUCAGUAUUGAUUUCCUCAAUACUAAUUGGGAAGCAUACUCCAAUCUCUCGAAUAGUACAGGCUCCGCUAAUCCGCUCAGCAGUGAUAUAGUGAGAAUGAGCAAUUAUGUGAAUAAUGAAAGUCAAAAGCAGAAGCUCCUUGCGCUGGUAGACACAGUAAAGAACAGCACUAAAGUGCAAUCGGAUCUAGAGGACACAGUGAACUCAAAUAUGCAGGUGAAUUUCGACUGGCUCGACAAAAAUAGCGCAGAGAUUAUUUCGUUUGUGAAGAGUUAUGGACGUAGUGGAAGUGCAGCAUUUAGCGCAUCCCUAUUAUCUGUGUUCAUGGCGAUCUUUUUGACGCUUUCACGAUUGCGCUGCGGCCGCCUAGAUCGCGAAAUGUACCGCAACAUCAAAGUGAACGGGUGUGUUGUCCUUUUAGCCGUAUUGGCCUUUAUUAUAUCCUGCGAAGCGGCAACACACGGUAUCCCGCCACUGUAUGCUGAGCAUCCUACGGCACGUGUCGUGGACGGGCAAAUCGUUGCUUACGGUGAAACGCGCGCAGACUUGGACUAUCGGCUACCAAACGCCACCGAACCAGUGCACUAUGACGUUGAACUGACGACGAAUGUGCACAAUGGCACGAAGGAAUUCACAGGCACUGUGAAAAUUCUGUUAAAAGUUAUCGAGGAUACAAGGACCAUAGUUUUGCAUGCUCGUCAAUUGGCAGCAUUCAAUGCAACCGUUACUAACGCAAACGAAACGAGUGGUACUCUGGAGCAGCUAAGCACCGCGUAUGAGGAGGAACGUGAAUUUCUUAGUCUAACACCAACAAACCAGUCACUCACCUUUAGCAAAGGCACUUUUUGGGUUUUAACCAUCGCUUAUGAAGGGGAAUUGCGUACCGAUAAUGGUGGGUUUUACUUGUCCACCUAUAGUGAUGACGAAGGCAAUGAACGUUAUUUAGCAACGACACAAUUUGAGUCGACCGAUGCUCGUCAUGCAUUCCCGUGCUACGAUGAACCAGCCAAGCGCGCGACAUUCAACAUCACUAUUAAUCAUGAUCCCUCAUUAAAUGCCAUAUCGAAUAUGCCUCUGGAUGAAGAGAGAAGCAGACUUGGCUAUUCCGUCUUCCCAAAGACUGUUAUUAUGCCAACUUAUUUAGUAGCGUUCAUUGUGUCUGACUUCGAAUAUACCGAAGGUAUGUUGAACGCACUUCCACAGCGUGUCUACAGUCGACCGGGCACAACUCAGAAUCAGGAAUGGGCUUUGGUUUCGGGUAUGUUGCUGAUACAGCGUCUUGCCGAGUAUUACAAUGUGAAUUUCGCAUUGCCAAAAAUGUAUCAAGUUGGUGUGCCAGACUUUGCCGCUGGUGCUAUGGAAAACUGGGGCUUAGUUACAUAUCGAGAGCAAUACACGCUAUACAGCAAGAAUACAUCGACCACAAGUACUCAGACUAAUAUCGCCACUAUCAUCGCUCACGAAUACUGUCAUCAAUGGUUUGGCAACUUAGUAACUCCAAAAUGGUGGACGUAUCUUUGGCUGAAAGAAGGUUUUGCUACCUUGUUCUCUUGGCAGGCGACAGAUGAGGCUUAUCCUGAAUGGGACAUUUAUCAGAUGUUCCUUACCGGCGACUAUCAAACGGCACUUACUAGUGAUGGUACAGGCCAAAUGAACCCGAUGACACAUUACGUACAAACUCCAUUUGAAAUCUCGCAGCGUUACGAUUCAAUUUCGUAUUCGAAAGCUGGUUCAGUGCUUUAUAUGUGGCAGUGUGCGCUGACUGACGCAGUGUUCCGCCUAGGGCUGAAUCUUUAUUUGACAACAAAUCAAUAUGGUGCUGCUGAUGAGUAUCAACUUUUCGAAGCUCUGGGUAUUGCGGCUGGUGCACAAAACGUGCCGCUGCCUGCCACCAUGGCGGCUAUGUUCUCAAGCUGGUCUCAACAAUCCGGUUAUCCUCUACUCACCGUUACACGUAAUUACAACAAUAACACAUUCACCAUAACUCAAGAAGCUUUCUACGAUAAUACCAACUUAACAUCAGACAAAACUUGGUAUAUCCCCUUGAAUUAUGCCCACAAAUCAAAUCCAGACUACCGUAACACUACCGCAUCGCAUUUUAUGCUCAAAGCAAAAGAAAUCGAAAUCAGCGAUAAUAGUCUAGCAGCCGAUGAUUGGUUGAUUCUCAAUAAACAAUCGACCGGUUUCUAUCGCAUCAAUUACGAUGAACAAAACUGGAAUCUUAUCAUCGAUGAACUGAAAUCACGUCCAUACAAAUUCCAUCCACGCAAUCGAGCUCAACUUAUUCAUGACGUCUACAAGUUCAGUUCUACAGGUCGUCUCGACCAAGCCAUGCUGUUGAAUUUGAUGCAAUAUAUGACGAACGAAGAUCAGUACGCACCAUGGUCUACUACCUACAGUGUAAUCAGCACAUUCAUUAAAUAUCUGAAUGGCGAUAGCGAAUACAAAAAUUUCCAACUCUUCGUGGCCUCAUUAGUGACAGGACUUUAUGAGAAGUUGGGUGUGAAUGAUAUAUCUGGCGAACAGCAUCUUACCAAGUUCAUACGUAAUAUGGCCAUUGAUCUCGCCUGCCUGUCAGGCGUGGAGAGUUGUCUAGAGGAAACUAAUAGCAAAUUGAAGGGACUAAUUAGCGAUGGUAUCGCAAUCGAACCAAAUUUGCAAUCUUAUAUAUACUGCAAUGGACUGCGCCAGUCCGGUGAUGCAGAAUUCGAUUUUGUUUAUAACCAAGUGUUACAAUCAGAUGAUCAAGCAUUACGCACCUCACUCACCUCUACAUUGGGUUGCUCACAAACACAGUCUCAAUUACAAAAAUUUGUUGGUAGCUCAAUCGAUAUGUCCGUCGAUUGGCGUACACAAGAGCGCAUCACUCUACUCAGUGCGGCGUAUUCGCGUAGCAGUGUUGGACUUUUGGUGUGUAUAGAGUUCCUUAACGAAAAUUGGGAGGCAUACAGUAAUUUGAAUUCUGGUUUCGGUGGCGAUAACCCACUUAAUGCAGCAAUGGUCGGUAUGGCCAAUUAUGUAGUUAAUGAGGAACAACAAACCAAAUAUUUGGCUUUGCUGACUAAGGUAAAGGACAGUGAUAAGGUACAAGACAAUUUGGAGACGGUCGCCAAAGCAAAUAUUCAAUCUAAUUUUGACUGGUUGAACAGAAAUCGUGAUCCGAUUAUGGUGUGGAUGAAAGAGUUUGCUAAGGGUGGCAGUGCCGCACUUAGCGCCACACUUGUAUCAUUUUUCACUGCGUUUACGGUUUUGUUGGUGCAUUAUUUGUAGAUGAUUAGAUUAAUAGCUUUCUUACUUUUACAAUAUGUGGAUAGAUUUAUUUAAAUGAGGAGCUUUAAUAGAAACUAAAAUAUUGCUUAAACUGAAAGAAGUGCACAAAUCCAAUAAAAAAUGAAAGAAUAUAGUUAUUUUCUUCUUGGCAUACCUUUAUUGACUAAUAGUGGGAGUUCUGGCUUAAAAAUACAUCUCCGGAGAUAUCAGUACUCAGUGCUGUUCCUAUUUCUCAGAGGACUGUAAACUAUUUACGAUCACUUUUGUUUCUA